AUGAGAAAUAUUCAUUAUUUCGCUCAAAUACCGCUUAUUUGGACUUGUUGUAUCUGUUUGGAAUGUUGUGUAGAUCACCAUAAUGGUCAUGAUCUCAGACGGUUGAUUAGAAGUGCGGAUCCUGGGCAAGAUUCUUCGUCUAGGUGUAAGACUCGAGAUUCAGUAACCCAGACUCCGUUACUGUUCAAAAAAUUUGAACCUGAUGUUUCAUCCUUACCUGGUUUGUGGCGACCAAUGCAAGCAACAUCAGAACCAAAUUCACGUUCUUCGUUAAGCGGUUCUCAUGGUCCUUCAUUUCAAAGGAGGAAAUUACGAAGUGAAAGCUUUGUCUCAAACUUGAUGAAAAACUUACCGCAUAAAAGUCAGCCGACAGGUUUUCAUGAGGAUAAACAGCCGAGAAGUUAUCAAAAUUUGGACUCUGUAACAAAUAUUUUUACUGUAUGUGUCGAAAAUAUGAACUACAGUAAACGGUUAGAUUCUGGCAUCUCAAGUUCACUGAGCAGUGACGAUACUUUAAAUUUCCCAAAGGCUAAUAAGUCGUCUAAAGUAAUGUCGGUGGAAUAUCGAGAGGAUGAUCAUAUACCCAAUAUGCCGCGACGGAAGCAUUCUCGAGGUGGUUCUGCUGCAAUGAGGCGAGUGGAAGCAGCGGAGGCUGAUACAGAUGUUGAGGAUGAAUUGUUACCAAUUUUGAAGCGCACUAUGUCGAAGGGUUUAAAUGCUGAAGCCGUAGUGCUAGAAAAGGAUAUUGAAAAUGCGAGAUGUCAACGUUCUAGCAGUUUAGAGGAUAAUCGCUUAAUAGUGAAUGAUAAAGAACAGGAACGGUGUCACAGCUAUGAAAAUAUUAAAAAUUUUUAA